AUGGUAAACAUUCAAAUAGAAGAAAAACAAAAAAAAUAUUUAGAUGCGUUAGCACGCUUGCUUACUAACAACGAAAGUCAAAAAAAAGACACCAAGGAGAAUUAUGAGGAACUAUUAAAAGAAGUGGUUAAGCAAAUUUGUCAGGUUAAAUUAGAAGGCGGUUCGGCUAAUCCUACUCCAAAAUCUUCAAGGGAAAAUUUGCAAAGGGAUUUUUCCAAAGGAGCCACUGAUGCAAAUCAGGCGACUGCUACUAAUAAGCCAGUUUUUAAAGGAUUUUAG